AUGAAGACGCUGACUGUGUCUGCACUUCUUUGUGGCGUGUUGGCUCUGACCUCAGCUGCCGAUGGACAAACACCUUGCCCCGGUGGUUGGAAUAAGAUCAUCGAUCGCUGUUUUCUCUUUGUUCCAAGAACCAUGAGUUGGGCCAGUGCUGAGAAGAACUGUCAGUCCUUGGGGGCAAACCUUGCAUCUGUACACACAGCAGAGGAGUACCAUGGCAUUAAGAAGAUGAUCUCUGACAGAACUCAUAGACAUCCAGAGGCAUGGCUCGGAGGCUCCGACAGUGAAGAGGAGGGAAUGUGGUUCUGGAGUGAUGGUUCCCCUUUCGGCUUUUCGUACUGGUGCAGAGGAGAGCCAAACAAUCGACUCAAGCAGCACUGUUUACAGAUGAAUCAUGGGGAUGACAAAUGUUGGGACGAUGACAAAUGUCACCGUGACCUUCCUUCUGUCUGUGCCAAGUUACCUGCAUGA